AUGGCGGAUCUCAAGAGCACCGUGUCGAAGUUGAGCUCGAUCCCGAGACUUGAUGCAAUUUAUGAGAAGGACACUGUUGGAUAUAAAGAGUAUCGGGAGGGUCUCGAUAUCGAGUUCACGGAGAAGGAGGCAUGCAUUCCAUUCCACAAUACACGACUUCGAUGGACGAUCGAUAUCGUUUUCAUGGACAAGACUGCCAUGAACUACGUCAACCUUUUUGGCCAUCAAAAGGCUCUGGGUCUCUACGGUAGACUGUUCAACUGCCUCUCCGCCAUGGUUUAUGCCGGUUACUUAUUCGGGCAGUACCCUUGCGGGUGGCUGAUUGGACGUUUCCCUGCUCAACGUGUAAUCGGAAUCAGCUGUCUUCUCUGGGGCGCCAUGGUCCUCAUUCUUACACAAUGCAGGUCCUACUCCUCCGCUCUUGCCGUAUGGCUUUUCAUGGACGUUUUCGAAGCGGCUUUCACUCCAGGCUUAACCCUCAUGGCCGGAUUCUGGUAUACAAGGCGUGAGAUUCCACUUCGACACGGCAUCAAUGGAUCCUACAUUUCUAUGGACGUGUCAAAGCUCCCGCUGACUAUGAAACCUGAAAGAUGGGAGCUCAUCUUCUUGAUACUUGGAGGAGCCACCUGUCUCUGGGCCUUUGUGGUCUACUUCUUCCUCCCUGAUGCUCCAUCAAAUGCCUGGUUCUUGCCUGAGCGGGAGCGCAUCCUUGCAUCUAAACGUGUGUCCGGAAACGAGAUUGGAAUCAAGAGCAAAGGUUUCAAUACGAAGCAAGCCAUAGUCGCUUUCUGGGAUCCGAAAGCGUUGCUCCCCUUCACUUCCGUCUUCGCAGCAGCCAUACCUAAUGGGCAACAGUGGCAAAUAUCCUCUGCACCGUCGCGGCUGCAUGCACCGCAUACCUCCCACGAUCUAAUACCUGGGGACACCUUGUCUCGUUCUAGCUCGUCAACUGUCAGUGUUGGCUUCACCGUCUCCCUCGGCAGAAUUAGCUCCAACAUGGCGGGCUACACGCAUCGCACCAUGGCGUCUGCUAUGAUCUUCACAGUCUACUGCUGGGGAAACUUUGUUGCAGGCUCCUUCGUCGUUAAGGAAUCGGAAGCACCGGAGCACCGCGGUGCGACAAUCGGGUUGCUCGUCGGAUAUACUAUCAAGUUGGCGUGUCAUUUGGGACUCCUAACUUACGUAUUCUUCAUGAAUAGACAUCGCAAUAGGAAGUAUGGUCCAGCGGAUAAGACAAGAAGUGAUGAGGCUGGAAUGCUGGAUGUCACGGAAUUCGAUAACAAGGACUUUGGACAUGUGUUGUGA